CUGCUACUAACACUACUACUACUACUACUACUACUACUACUACUACUACUCUCACAUAGUGUUUGAGACUGACAGAUCUUCACUCCAAACAUGAACAACAACAUUUCUCAGUCUGAACUCCAAAUGCAGACACAAAAUGAGGAGGUCCGGAUGGUUCUGGUGGGGAAGACUGGAGCUGGGAAAAGUGCAGCAGGAAACACCAUUGUGGGGACAAAAGCUUUCCAAUCAGAGUUUUCCUCCAUUUCUCUGACAAAAGAAUGUGGUAAGAAAAAAGGGAAGGUGGAUGAGCAAAGUGUAGCUGUUAUCGACACCCCAGGUUUGUUCGAUACUACAUUGACCAAUGAGGAGGGACUGAGAAAGAUUGCUCCGUGCAUCUCUUUCUCUGCACCUGGUCCCCAUGUGUUCCUGGUUGUGAUCAAGCUGGGAAGAUUCACUGAAGAGGAGCAGAAAACCGUGGAGAUGAUUAAGAGAUUCUUUGGUGAUGAAUCAUCGAAAUACAUCAUGGUUCUCUUCACACAUGGAGACCUUCUUAAUGAUGGUGAUGUAACAAUUGAAGACUUCCUGCAUGAAAAUCCAGAUCUGAAAAGUUUACUUUCUCAAUGCAAUGGGGGAUAUCAUGUCUUUCACAACAAAGAUACGAGUCUCUCCCAGGUCACUGAGCUUCUUGAGAAGAUAAAUAAGAUGGUCAUGAGGAAUGGAGGGAGCCAUUACACCACUGAGAUGUUCCAGGAGGCUGAGAGAGCAAUUGAAGAGGAGAAGAACAGGAUCCUGAGAGAGAAUGAAGAGAAGAUACGCAAAGAGGAGGAGAAACUGCAAGAAGAAAAAAUUAAACAAGAGGCACGGGAGAAAGCUCUUAAAGAGGAGAAUGAGAGGAUCCUGAAAGAGAAUGAAGAGCAGAAACUCAGACAUGAGGAGGAAAUGAAGAAAAUGGAACAAGAAGCUCAGAAGAAAGCGAUUAAAGAAGAGAAUGAGAGAAUCCAGAAAGAGAAUGAAAAGCAGAGACUCAGGGAGGAGGAACUGAAGAAACUGAACAUGGAAAAAGAGGCUAAGGAGAAAGAAAUAAAGGAGUUGAGAGAAAAAUAUGCAAGGGAGGCUAGAGAAGAAGCUGAAAAAAGCAAUGGCUUUCUACAUCAAAUUUCUAACGGAACUAUUGCAGUGGGGAAAGCAGUGGUGCAAGUGGGGGAAGGAGUGGUGAAAAGAGUGGUGAAAGUGGGGGAAGGAGUGGUGAAAGUGGGGGAAGGAGUGGUGAAAGGAGUGGUGAAAGUGGGGGAAGGAGUGGUGAAAGGGGGGGCAGAAGUGGUGGAAGCAGUGGGGGAAGGAGUGGUGAAAGGGGGGGCAGAAGUGGUGGAAGCAGUGGGGGAAGGAGUGGUGAAAGUGGGGGAAGGAGUGGUGAAAGCUGUUGAAGAUACAAUGAACAUCUGA